AUGCAAAGCAAAAGGAACAAAGAGUGGUCAGAGACUUAUAAGAAAGUUAAUCAUUCACUUGUUGAGGAAAGAAAAGCUCUUAACUUUAACUAGGAGUAACUAGCUCUCUUUUUAUGGGAUGGUGAGGAAAAGCUUGAAAAACAUAGAUAAUUGAGCAAACUUUACACUGCUGAUCCAAUUCUAAGAAAUACUCAUCACUACUAUGAUAUGACGAGAGAGGAAAAAAUGGAAUGUGGAUUCAAAAAACUUAAUAGAAUGGCGGAGGUUUUGCCUGAAAAGAUCACCUAUGACACUGUAUUUUAUCAUGUUACAACUAAUCUUGGUGCAAUGCCAACUAGUCUACAUCACGCAAUGUUUGAAUUAGCAGUUAGAUAUUUGGGAGAUGAAGAGCAAGUAGAUAAAUGGCUUCCACUGAUCCUUGAUUACAAAAUUAUUGGAAACUACUGUCAAACUGAGGUUGGACAUGGCUCAAAUGUGAGAGUAAGUGAUUCACUAACUAUUGGACAUCGCACUACAAUUCAGAGUGAAUACGUCAUCGCUAUUUAUAAUUAUAUCAUUUUCUCAAUUUAACUUUUCUGGUAGGGAUUAGAGACUGAGGCUAUCUUUGACAAGGAAAAAGAUGAGUUUAUCAUUAAUACCCCAAAGAAUUCAAGUGCUAAGUUCUGGCCAGGUGAUCUCGGAGUCUUAUCUACUCAUGGAGUAGUAUAUGCUCAAUUGAUGAUAGAAGGAAAGAAUCUCGGAGUUUAAUCAUUCAUGGUCCCAAUAAGAGACAUUGAUACUCAUAGGCCCCUUCCAGGUAUUGAAGUAGGAGAUAUAGGUCCUAAAUUUGGAUUUGUUGCAAAAGACAAUGGAUAUGUAAUUUUCAAUCAAGUCAGAAUUCCAAGAAGAAAUAUGCUUAUGAGAUAUGUAAAUGUUGACAAGGAAGGUAAAGUUACUCCACAGGGAAAUCCUAAAGUUCUUUACUCAGUUAUGAUGUUUACAAGGCUUUAGUUAUUGUCUGGCUGUGUUGCUGGUCUAGGGAAAUCCCUUAUUGCAAGUAUUAGAUAUGGAAUUGUUAGAAAGCAAUUCAAGACUGCUGCUGGAAAAGAUGGAAAGCCAGAGGAAAGAAAAAUUAUAGACUAUCAGACACAUUUACAUAGAAUAUGCCCACAACUAGCGAAUAAUUUUGCAAUGGCAUUUGCUACAAGAAGAAUGUAUCAGCUAUACAACGACAUGAUGUCUAACAUCAAAACAAAGAAUGACUUUUCUCAGCUUGGCCCAAUGCACACAAUUCUUUCUGGAAUGAAAGCUUUAUUCUGCCAUACAGCAUAUGAGGGUGUUAAGCAAAUGAGAGAGUGCUGUGGAGCUGCAGGAUUUUCCUAGUUCUCAAAUAUUCCAAAUAUCAUAGAUGCUAUCUCAAGUUAUGUCACUCUAGAAGGAGACUCUGUAGUUAUGAAUAUUUAAACUGCAAGGUCUUUGUUAAAGAGUGGUAGAAAAGUUAUUCAAACUGGAAAACCUCUCAAUUAGCUCCUUUCAUAUAUCCUUGAUUUAAAGGUUAUUUUGGAGAAGGGAAAAGACUUCAAAUGUGAAGCAAAGGAUGCAGACUUCUUUAAGAGUGAAUAAAAUCUCUUAGACCUCUUGAAAUGGAAUGCUCUACUUAGAAUUGGCUAAAGUCUUUAGUUAUUUGCUGAUCCUAAGUACAAAGAUUUUUCACUUUGGGAGAAGUUUAAUGAAAAAUUUUAAAUUGAUCUGAUUAAAAUGUCUCAAGCUCAUUCUUACUACAUGACUGCACAAUUUUUCUUUGAAGGAAUUAAUCAUUUCGAAAAAUAAGGAAAUUGCUCGAACCUUGUGAAGCACUUGAGAACAUUGUUCAGAAUAUUUGCUCUUAAUCAUUUGACAAAGAUUGGAGCUCCUCUUGCUAUUUCAAAGUAUCUCUCCCCUUAGUAAUUCAGACAAAUCCAUCAACAAUUAUUGCAAGAAUACACUAAUAUUAGACCUUAGAUGCUUAACUUGAUCGAGGCAUUUGAGUAUGAUGACAAUACAAUGGUUAGUGCAAUUGGAAACUACGAUGGAAAUGUCUAUGAGAGACUUCUCGAAUGGGCUAAAUCAAGCAGACUAAAUGAAAAAGAUACCUUAGAUGGAUUUGACGAAUACAUCAGACCCUUUUUAGCUGCAAAACUCUGA